AAUGGGCCAUACAAUGAAUGGUCAGUACACGCAUGUCUUCAGUACAUAUUAGAAUAUGAAAUUACGGAUUAUGAUAGUCCAGAAGCAACUCUUGAAGCUAUAAGAAUCAAAGUCAAAUCAAUGAGAAUGAAAUCAAAAAUCUACUUGAGAGAAUAG